CUGUCAAACACUGCCGACAUCAUGCUUUUCAGUUUGGCAGACACGUCCGCUUUUUGGCAGGCACAUCCGUUGUUAGAAAGAGAAUAGACAAAAAGGGGCAUAGGAUUCCAUACUUGUAAGUAUAUACGAUGGUAGCAAAGAUGUUGCAACUAAAUGAACUCCGUACAAAAAUAGAAAAUAAAACAAUCUCAAGAUCAGACGCUGUAGACAUAAGUUAUUGGGAAAGUUUACUUUCUCAAUUAAAAGCACAUAUGGCUCGUGCCCGUUUGCGAGAUAAACAUCACGAGAACUUGCGUAAAAAACUGAAUAUUUUAAAAACUAAAGAUGAUGCCGAGCGUUCUGAUGCCACGUCGACAUCUAAUAACGAAAAAGAAUUCAAAAAUGAAUUCAACCUUUUACAGCGAUAUUUUGAUAUGUACGAAGAUGGAAAACACAGUCCAACUUAUGUCCAAAACCUUGAUGAUGAAAAUGCUUUGCCAACUAUUACUGAGGAAGAUAGUUUUAGUGCUAUUGAAAGAUUGCGUGCAAAAGCGACAGAAAGAAGUUCAAAUACGGAACAUUUUACGGAAGAAGAAAGCCAUAUGCGUAACACCAUGCGUAGAAAAAUGGAUAAAGACGAUGCCGAAUUGUCUGUAGAAGUACCUCUGGAGAUAGUUCAAAUAGCAGCUGACAAAUACAGACCUGGCAAACCUCGGUAUUUAAAUCGCGUGCAUACCGGUUUCGAAUGGAAUAAAUAUGAUCAAACUUAUUACGACAUGGAUAACCCUCCACCCAAAAUAGUUCAAGGAUACAAAUUUAAUAUUUUUUAUCCGGACCUUAUCGGUAAAAACACUACACGGCAACAUUUUUUGGUAAGCACACAGACGCCUUCUGGUAUUUAUUUAUUUGUUUAUUUAAUGUCUAAAGUUAUAUAUGGUACAGACAUUAUGAAAAAUUACAAGCAAUAU